AUGAGCUGUAAUGAUGACGAUAUCGAAGUUGUGCAGCGGCCACCAGGAUUGCUGGAGAAAUGCGUUGUUUUACAUGCAACAUCAAUGCAGCGAAUCACAGACCCAUCUGACUGUGAAGAUGGCAAGCAGUAUAUUUUGUGUAUGAAUGCAGAUGAUGCUGUAGAGUUGCAAAAGCAGAGAUUUGGGAAUAGUAGUGCUAGCAGUGUCACUGGUACAUGUGAUACUAACGCGCUGGCUCGCGGCAGCAUUGCGCUAACAGACCAAUUAGAAUCAUUGGAAGAGCUCGAGUAUUAUUUUGACGAAUCUGGUACAUUACGUCACUGUCGCACAAAUCAUGCCGUAUACGAGCUUAUGAGUGACGAACGUCGUGCUGGUGAGCUGGACGAAAUUGUGAAGGCUGCAAUCUUUCACAUACAAAUGGAAAUGCUGGCAGAAUUAUCAUUCAAACAGGCUCGACUGCCAUUAGAUCCAAGACCAGAUGAGCCUAAGGAAGCUCGAGUUAGUAUCUUUCUUACAUCUGAUUGGCGCACAAAUGAGAAUUUACUUGUCGUUGUUAAUGGCGGACGUGGAGCUCAACCUGGAAUCUGGAGUCGCGAUUUAUUAAUUCAAGAAGGUUUGGAACUCGGAUCGAUGUUGCCAGUCAUGCGUCGUGCAACUGCUUGUACCUUUGGUGUUGCUGUGAUCAAUCCAUCUAAAAACAACGUGACUAUUGGAAAUGAUACAUUUCCAAUUCGAGGCAAUGCGACACCAGAUGAACAUAUGCUGUACGUGUGGGAUCAUAUUAUUGCUCGUGCAAAAGCACGCAAUGUGUACGUUCUAGCCUAUUCAUUUGGGGCCAAGUCUAUUGUAACACUCAUUCAGAAACGAGAAGAACAAGUCGUUAAGCGCAUAAAUGCACUCGUGUUUGCGGAAGGUGCAUACCGUUUAGACAUGUCCACGACCUCUCCGAGUGUAGCUCAAUUUUUAAAGCGACGUGCUAUUAACUUUAAAGGUGAUUCUCAAGUUGCUGUCGGUGGACAUAUUCCUGCAGAAGAAGAAAAACUUUCUUGUAUUUGUUUAUCUGUGGGAGAUCUCACGGUAUCUGCAGACGGUAAAGCGUCACCAGCUGCAACUCCAACCUCUGCGCUUUCCAAACGCGGUAGCAGCAACAAAGCACGUACGAUCAGCCUCUCACUGGAAACAACGUUUACGUAUUUUGUGGCUGCGCGUGAUCGGGGCUGUAGCGCCGCCGAAUUUAUCUCUGAGUCAGAAGCCAAAACACGCACAUGGCUUGGAAAUCCUUGGGUAUCAAUGCGAGCGAGUCGCCUCAUCAUCGGAAAACAGCUCGUCGCUCUUCCUUAG